UGAACAUCAACAGAAAGUCAACAUCAGAAGCUCAAGACGGCGCGGGCGCUGAACACAUCAACGGGCUCUACAACUUGUUCGGGGGUUGCUUGGUUCGAUCAGAAAUACAAUUGGAAAGCUUAUUUCAGUAGCGACAUCCGCUAUUCAUUACACACGGCAUACGAGCAUCAUCAGACAUUCACCGAUUAGGCACCUAUCUCUUUCAUCCGCCUUGCUCACUCAUCGAAACCACACCGGCGACAAUCUGUACACCACUUUCACAUAAAGAAACAUCCUUCACCAUGUCCGAAGACCCAAACACCACCUUCCUCCCCGAAGACAGGGACGACGCCACAGACUGGCUCAACUCCCUCCUCAACAAAAACCUCCGAGUCUCCGUGACUGACGGCCGCAUGUUCUGGGGCCAGUUCAAGUGCGUUGAUGCCGAAAGCAACAUAAUCCUCCACUCAGCCUACGAAUACCGCUUCCCCACCUCUUCUCAAGUGGCCGCCGCCGUCACUUCCUCUUCUGUUACCCCCACCCCCACCGGCACGACAAUCACCUCCUCCUCUGCACUCUCUGCACCUUCAGACUCAGACCCUUCCGCAACUCCCCAAGAGGCCUACGAGAGCGCCACCUCCACCUCCUCCUCCUCAGGAAAAGUAAAAGUCGACCUUACCUCCCGCCAUUUAGGGUUGGUCGUCAUUCCAGGACAGUAUAUCACCAAGAUCGAGCUAGAGGAGUUUGCAAGUCAGGUCCGGGCGCGGAACAGGGGGUUCGGACAGGGGUUUCAUCCGGGGUGGAGAGACGGGGGGAUUUCCUAGGCGGAUAGUUCCAGAGUGAAUCGGGGGAGGUUUCGGGGAGUGAGGACGACGAUGAUGAUGAUGAUGAUGGGGACGAUGACGACGACGAGGAGGGUGAAGAGGGUGAGGACGGAUAUUCA